AUGCCAAGCCGAGAUCUUACAGUGGUCCGGAUCCCGCUCAAGAGAGCUAAGCAUCACUUUGGCGUUUUCUCUUCGAGGGGUCAGCGGGGGUACAAUGAGGAUACCAACCAAGCCGGCACAAUUAGCAUGCCGGCGUUUGCUAAAAGGGCCCCUAUCAGUCUUCAGAGGCGGCCGAUCCAGAAACCAAACGAGGCGACAUCGGCUGACAGCGCACUUGGUGACCCCCAGGUCUUCUACUUUGGUAUAUUCGACGGACACGGUGGAUCUCAGUGCGCUGAGUUCUUACGUGAUGAGCUGCAUGGCUACAUUGAGCAAUCCUCUGCCGAGUUUGGCCUUCAGAGUAGCCUGGCAAGGAGCCCGGCACCAGAGACGGGUCGCAAGGAGGAAGACCCUAAUGAGGAGCUUUUUAUGAAGACAGAAGAAGAUGUCAAGGACGAUAUUCGUGUUCCCGAAGAAGACAAGCAUGGCGUUUUGACGAAUCCCGAAAGAGAGGAGCCCAUGAAAGGGGCCAAACCAGUCUCAGCCAAAGUGGAAGACAUUCCGAAGGCUAUCAAGCUGGCACAAGACCUUGUGGAAGAGUAUCGUCAGACUGUCGGAGGAUACUUCCGGCGCUUCAACCCCGAGUACUUCCAACUAUCGGAAGAGAAGAUGAACGACACCGGUGAGCCCGGGGUGACAGUCGAGUCCGUCCUCAUGUACGCCUUCCUCAGAGCAGACUUAGAUUUCAUCUCCGCUCAGGCACGCAAGCCCGAUCCCGACGACCCUCAAGCAAACGAUCGCCCCGUCAACAAUGACGAGAUUCUUGGAGUUCCACACAAACCACCAUCAGGCCACGGCAUUGGCGGCCCGGCUCGCUUCAAGGGCGGAUCGACGGCAUCUGUAGCUCUCAUUUCGACCCCUACGCCAGCACCAUUCUGGCACCCUAAUGCGCAGUCUACCCUGAUUGUUGCUCACGUGGGUGACACCCGUAUACUUCUUUGCACAACGACUACCGGCCUCGCACAGCCCCUGACAUCAGAUCACCACCCAACCACUCCCACGGAAAGCCGUCGUCUCCGCCGCUAUGCGCCGGCCGGGUCCAUGGUCUCGGCAGAUAGCUUCGGGGAGGACCGGAUCGCAGGGUUGGCCAAUAGCCGCGCAUUCGGCGACAUGCGAAGCAAACGUAUCGGCGUGUCGGCCGAGCCAGAAAUAACCCGCGUCGAGAUUGGCCCAGCGCAGUACUCCUUCCUUGUCCUCAUGAGUGACGGCAUCUCGGGCACACUCAGCGACCAGGAGAUUGUCGACGUGAUCAAGGAGGCCAGGACGCCCGAAGAGGGGGCCAAAGAUGUCGUCAACUAUGCCACCGAGGUCUCCCACGACGGCGACAACGCCACCUGUCUAGUCGUCAGACUCGGCGGCUGGGAGCGAAGGUCGGAGGGCGGAGUCGGCAGUCUUGGCACCAAGGAGAUACGUGAUAAGAGGAGGGCAGAGGCGCUGGAUCCCCGGCGCGGCAAGCAGUAA